AUGGCGGCCGCACAGGCAGCAGGAUUAAAGCCACCAAAACCUUUGGUUUUGGGUGACAACAUGGCUGAAGUGUGGAAAUCUUGGACCCGCCAGUUUGUUUGGUUUGCUACAGCGACACAGCUGAAUGACAAACCACCACAAGUGCAAGUAGCCACUUUCAUGACAGCGAUUGGGGCGGAUUGCAUUCGUAUCUUUGAUACAAUCAAUCUUACGCCGGAAGAAGAAAAUAAUCUAGUAGUGAUAAAGGCCAAGUUUGAUGAAUAUUUCAUCCCCAAAUCAUGUGUGACAUACGAACGUUACGUGUUCAACCAAAUUUCUCAAAACGAAGAUGAGUUGACAGAAACUUUCAUAGCGCGAGUGAAAGAACAAGCAAAAAAGUGUGACUUCGUGCAAUUGCACGAUUCCCUGGUGAAAGAUAGGAUCAUAAUUGGGUUGAAAUUCACCAAACUAAUGCCGCAACUCCUAAAUGACUCAUUGACCCUGGACAAAACAAUCGAAAUGUGUCGGAACCAUGAGUUGACUGCCAGGCAGUCCCAAGCGAUGGUCUCCGUCGCAGUUGCUGAGAAAGUGGAAGUCUUGAAAAUGGACAGAAGAGAAAGAAAAAGUGAAAGAAAAGUGGACAUGAAAUUAAACAAACAAAGAUACGAGAGUGAUGAAAAUAUACAGUGUGAAAAGUGUGGAAGAAAUCAUAAAAAGUUUAAGUGUCCUGCUUACGGAAAGGAAUGCUAUACUUGUGGCCGCAGAGGACAUUUUGCCACUCAUUGUCUCAUUGAAAAUGGGAGUGGUGAAAGUUCAGAAGAAGAGCUGUUUAUCGGUGCACUGGAAGCCUUGGAUGAAGGAGAGGAUUGGUUCGAAACAGUGAAAGUUAAUAUCAGCAAAGUUUCGGUGAAAUUAGAUACUGGUGCCCACUGCAAUGUUCUCCCACUUUGGAUGGUAGAGAAAUUAGACCUGUUGCUGCUAAAACCCUCGCCAACAAAGUGGUUGCUGACGUUCUCCAAUCACAAGAUGCGAGUUCUAGGGGAAGUUGACCCAGUUUGCACCGUAAAGCAAAAGCAGUCCCGGAUUACGUUCAAAGUGGUCGAGGAACGAGUAAUACCAUUACUCGGUAGGAAAACAUGCAUUGCACAGAAUCUGAUAACUCGAAUCGACUCUCUCGAGAUAGAUGACGUCGAGGUGUACGAUGGUCUUGGUUGUUUGAAGGGCUACAUUUAUGACAUCGACCUAGUAGAAAACGCACAGUGGGAAAGUCGACCAGCCAGGCACGUUCCCCACAGUAUUCGGGACCAAGUGAAGAAAGAACUUGAUGCAAUGGAAAAACUGGGAGUCAUCGAAAGGAUUCAUGAGCCUACACCAGUAGUAAGUGCCAUGGUUUUAGUUCGCCGUAACAACAAAUUAAGAAUCUGUAUUGAUCCAUCACAGGUCAAUCAAAAUUUGCUGAGACGUCAUCACCCGCUGACGACAAUGGAAGAAAUUUCUGCCAGACUGAAAAAUUCAAAGUGUUUCUCCAUAUUAGACUGCAAAAAAGGGUUUUGGCAGAUUCGUGUCACAGAAAGAACAUCCAAAUACCUCACAUUCGGUACCCCUUGGGGAAGGUACUGUUGCAAACGGCUCCCUUUUGGUUUGGCAUCAGCACCAGAAGUAUUCCAAAAGGUUAUGCAAGAUAUUUUGGAAAGAAUAGAUGGAGUUGAGUGUUCAAUGGACGAUGUACUGAUACAUGCCGAGAACGAGUCUCACCUGGAAUCAAUCACCAAGGAAGUUAUAAGCCGCAUCAUUGCCUCCGCUAAAUAA